CAGGGAACUUCCUUUUCGCUCAUCAAAACGAUAACAGACACGUAUGGAAGAAGAUGAAAUAACCAUUUAGUUUUUCUUCUAUGAGUUUCAGCGCGUGGGUUGAGAGCGCUCAAACGGUGUCCACGGGAACCGCGUUGUUUCGGGCUGGCAACCGUCCACCACCGCGCUGCGCUCCUGUUGCCCGCCUCCUGCUUGCUCACUUGACGGCGCCUGCACCGAGGAGGACACCAGCGGGGACUAUGUGAGCAUCAUGCGUCCUGUCAGAUGGCUGCUGUUCGCCGCAGUGUAUGCGCGGUGCUCCGUGUCGGGUGUGAGGGAGGGCUGGCAGCCCCCCACUGAAGUUCUCGUGCAGCCCAAAAGGCUCCUGCAGCAGAUCCACUCCCAGGACGAGCUGCUCCACAGCCACCUCGACACCCGCGUCCAAAACUCCUCAACAAGGGCGCUGCCCGUGCAUCUGGCCCAGAGUAGCUUCCUGGUGGAGGCCUUUGGCAGCUCGUUUAUCCUCGACCUGGAACUCAACCAUCACCUCCUGUCGACGGACUAUGUGGAGAGACACUUUGAAGAGGACGGGCAGCCGUCGCAGAUGAAGGGAGGCGAACACUGUUACUACCACGGGCGUUUGCGAGGGCUGCCCCGAUCUUGGGUGGCUGUGUCCACCUGCCGCGGCCUGUGGGGGAUGUUCUCCGACGGGAACGUCUCCUACGGGAUCGAACCGGCGGGCGGUGGCGAGGCGGACCAUGUCGUGUAUCGCAUGCCUCGCAUCGACCUCCUCCCGUUUCCACCCCCAGACUGGAAGAGGCGGGAUGGAGACGACUGGUCUGCCCUGGAGGCGAGGAAGAGGCUUGCCAACAGCUUGAGACGAUCAAAACGACAAGUGCGCCGGGGUCAACGCACAGUGCAGACCGAGACCAAAUACAUCGAACUGAUGGUCGUAAAUGACCAUGAACUGUUUGUCCAGCAGCGUCGCUCGACCCCUCAGACGAAGAACUUUGCCAAAGCGGUGGUGAACAUGGCGGAUGCGAUCUAUAAGGACCAGCUCAACACGCGCAUCGUCCUGGUAGCCAUGGAAACGUGGUCGUCGGAAAACCGCAUCGCGGUGGGCGACGACGCCCUGCUGACCCUGCGCGACUUCAUGAAGUACCGCAAGGCCAGCAUUCGCGAGCGUUGCGACGCCGUGCACCUCCUCUCCGGGAGGACGUUCAUGAGCAGCCGCAGCGAGGCCGCCUACAUCGGCGGAAUCUGCUCGCUCAACAGAGGUGGUGGCAUCAAUGAGUAUGGCACCGUGGGCCCGGUGGCCAUCACGCUGUGCCAAAGCCUGGGCCAGAACAUCGGAAUGCUGAGGAAUAAGGACAGACCUGCUGCAGGAGACUGCAGGUGUCCAGACCCGUGGCUGGGAUGCAUCAUGGAGGACACCGGCUACUACCUCCCCAGGAAGUUCUCUCGUUGCAGCGUGGACGAAUAUCUCCGCUUUCUACAGCAAGGCGGCGGCAGCUGCUUGUUCAACAAGCCCAGCAAGCUGCUGGACCCGCCCGAGUGCGGCAACGGAUACGUGGAGCUGGGUGAGGAGUGCGACUGUGGCACACUCGUGGAGUGCACCCGCAACGGGGCAAACUGCUGCAAGAAGUGCACACUGACCCACAAUGCCAUGUGCAGCACCGGCCUCUGCUGCAAGGACUGCAAGUACGAACUGAGAGGCGUGACGUGUCGCGAGGCCGUCAACGACUGUGACAUCCCAGAAACGUGCGUAGGGGACUCCGGCCAGUGCCCUCACAACGUCCAUAAACUGGACGGCUACACGUGCGAGGCCAGCCGGGGCCGCUGCUACGGAGGCCGCUGUAAGACCAGAGACAGCCAGUGCAGGAGCCUGUGGGGCUACAGCGCCGCUGACAGAUUUUGCUACGAAAAACUCAAUUCUGAGGGCACGGAGAAAGGGAACUGCGGUCCUGAGCCCGGCGGCCGGGGAUGGCUGCAUUGUAACAAACAGGACGUUCUAUGCGGUCUGCUGCUGUGCACCAACGUGAGCCAAAAGCCCAGCUUUGGCGAGCUGCAGGGCAAACUCACCGGUUUGACUAUCUAUCAUCACAACAGAUACCUUGACUGCAGGGGCGGUCACGCUGUGCUGGACGACGGCUUGGACUUGGGCUACGUGGAAGACGGGACACCGUGCGGGCCCGACAUGAUGUGCCUGGAGCGCCGCUGCCUCCCGGUCACCACCUUCAAUCUCAGCAUGUGUCCCGGCUCGUCCGUGGCGCGCAUCUGCUCCCAUCACGGCACGUGCAGCAACGAGCUGAAGUGUAUCUGCGAUCGCGACUACACCGGCAAAGACUGCAGCGUGUUUGACCCCAUUCCCAUUCCCACGCCAGCCGAGGGCCUGGAGCAAAAUAAAGGUCCGAGCGGUACCAACAUCAUCAUUGGCUCGGUGGCCGGUGCCAUCCUGGUGGCUGCCAUCGUCCUGGGAGGCACUGGAUGGGGAUUCAAAAACAUCCGGAGAGGAAGAUCUUCUGGAGUUUGAUCCACAUUCCAAACAAAAAUGUCUUUCCCUGGCUGCUUGCGGGACAUUUUGAGGCACGAUCUCGCCUAUUGAGGGGCUCCAGGAGCCCUCAUGUCCCGCCAUCUCUCCCUCUUCUUUUCUUCUUUCAAGUGAUGUCACUGAGCUCGGCAUGACCGACAUGCUCCACAUGUUGAUGCUCCACCCUGCGCGCAUUUAACGGCAAUAGUAGCAAAAAAAAUUGCCUCAUUAGCCUCUCCUGUUCGCAUAUGUAAUACGCAUUCAGCUGUGUUUGACCUUUUUGUUCCUCAGAUAUUUUCUUUAUAUCCCCACUGUCCACUUCAAUAGAUAAAGUAGGUGCUCUUCCUCAUGAAGGGUCCAGCCCGUUUCAAAAUGGCCCAAUUGCAGGCUGCAUUGAUUGAAUGAAAGAGUUGCAGCUAUUCACAGCCCAAAAGCAUGUUCUUGAUCAACAUGAUCUGCAUUGUCUUUAUUCAGCGGAAACUGCUAGUUUUUAAGGUUUUGUAUCCAAUAACAGGAUUCCGUCGGGUUUUUUCCUCGUGCUGUAGGCUAUUCUGUUUUCGUCUUAGAAAUUAAAAUGUAAAAUCAAA